AAUAGAAAACGUUUGAAUUGAUGUAAGAUUCAAGGACAGCAAAAGAGAGAAAACAAAAGCAGAUUCCUCUUGUAAAGUGGACAGACUAUGCUACUGGUGAUUGGCCUAAGUUGCCUGGUUGGACUGGGGUCAUGGUGAUCCUGCUUGGUGUACUUUCCAGGUAUAUGUUUUUAACUAAGAGGCAGGCAGAGAACAGAAAUAGAGAUGAUGAAGAGGAGGAUGUUUUUGGAGACUUCUGGGAGUCCCAUCCUGAGGGUACACAGCUGAUCUACAAACCCUCUGCUCUUGCUAACUGGUUGCUGAGAGAUCUUCAACGUCAGUCAUUGCUACAAUCAACGGAUUGGUGGAUGAGGAAAUGGCCUCAUAUUCAGACAAUUAUUCAGAACUUGCUCCCGGCUGACAAGAUAUUGGAGUUGGCCCGGGAUCAUCUGCAGCUGGCUGAUGGUGGAAUAGUUGCCUUGGACUGGGUAGUUGGACCAAGAGGUAUUUCAGGAACUAGAAGAGGCACCAAUACAGCCGGAAGCCCACCGUUGCUCUUUAUCAUUCCAAACCCAUUUGGAAAGUUGACAAAAAACACUGAGCAAUUUUGACUUCGGGCAUUAGAAAAAGGCUUUUACCCAGUAAUUUUUAAUAGGAGAGGGCAGAAUGGCUGCCCCUUGGUUACAGUGAAGCUCCAAGCUUUUGGGGAGCCAGCAGAUCUGAAAGAGGCUGUGAGUUAUGUACGUUUUAGGCACCCAUCCUCCUUGUUGUUUCUGAUCAGUGAAGGGUUAGGAUCAGGACUUCUGCUUUCCUACCUGGGGGAAUGUGGAUCCUCCAGCUACAUCACAGCGGCCUCAUGCAUUUCUCCAGUCUUUCGUUGCCAGGAAUGGUUUGAGACUGGGCUACCAUGGCUGUAUGACUGCCUCCUGCUUCUCUAUCAGAAAUUCCAUCUCAGUAGAUAUUCCACAGCCCUGGCAGAUGUUUUCCCCAUGGAGAGAGUUUUGAAGAGCAGUUCAUUACAGGAGCUCCACCAAGUACUAUUUUGCCAGUGCAAAGGUGAAAACAUUAGCUGGGAUGAAUAUUGGGAACACAAUGACCCCCUGCGGGACGUGGAUGAAGUUGCUGUGCCUGUCAUGUGCAUCUGUAGCACAGAUGAUCCCAUUCGAGGACCUGCUGAGAAGACGCUUCCCAUUGAGCUUUUCAGGACAAACCCAUAUUUUUUUUUGUCGCUGACGCAUUAUGGAGGACACUGUGGUUUUCUUACAAAGUCAGAUGUAUCGUGGAGCCACAAGGUUACUUUAGACUAUUUUAGCUCUAUAACAGAGUUCUUUCAGAUAGAAGAGAAAGCAAGUGUCCUGCCUAGAGGUCGCAGUUCUGUCACGAUAAACCGGCGAAGAAGAGGAACGCUGCAAAGGCGCGAUAGGUCUGUCACUGAUCUACAUGAAAUGUUUAGUUGGAAAAGGUCCUAUACCAGGUGACAUAUUAUAGUAAGAGACAGUAUGAUCCAACAAUAAACAGAAACGGGUUAAAAAGGAGACAAGCCUGACGCAUUACAUGCAUAAGCUAGAGAUUUGUCAUAAUAAGGAGCUGUCCAGCUUAGGCACAAAGUUUGUCACCCUUCUCUCAUUUUUUGACAUAUUUAAACAAAUUGUGAGAUUAUACUGGUGUGUCUGCUUCCUAUAAAUAUUCCAAAAAUAUUUUUGUUUCCUCCUUGAAUUGCCCAUCAUGGCACAUGUUUGGUGAGAAACGAAUACAUAAAUACACCUGGUGAUAAUGCAAUUUAAAAGGCAAACUAUCACUCCACGGUAAAACAGACUCCUCCCACAUUUGCAGUGGCAGGGUGGAUCGCAAAACUUUCAGACAGUCGUAUUCACCAGCACGUCACUAAGCCAAAUCAAACCAACUUGUGUUUCAAUUUAUACUAAAACCAUUCCAUACACACAAAAUAGAUAUGAAUUUAAUAUUUAACUUAAUACAGGAAUGCGAUCUGUUAUCCAGAAAACUCCAAAUUACAUAGACUCCAUUUUAUAUGAAUAAUUAUUUUUACUUUGCUGUAGGGCACCAGUGUUAUCCACAUUGUCACCCUGUUGCCUACAAGUAUAUUUAUUGUAAGUAAGGAGACUCCUGAGGUCAUUGUUUUUUAUUUGCAGCUUCACACUAUGGAAAUUUACAUUAUUGACUGCCUCCGUCCUCUUCAAAUGUCCUAUAUUGCACAAGAAAUAUUUAAUUCUAUAGUUCUGUUGAACACUGCCUGGCAUUUGAUCCCCGUUUAGAUUUCUGCCUGGAGUGUUGUGGACAUAAUAGUUAGAAAUUUGGCCAUGUCCUUUAGUACCUCUUAAUACACAAGCAGUCAGCAAACCUAAUGCCUUUCACUGCAAAUUGCGAAGAAUAAUAUUUUUGGGAAAAAACGAUACAGGGGCUCUGGGUCCUUCUAUUGCAGCACCAUGCUGGGAUUCCCAGUCAUCUCAAGGAUAGACAUGGAUGCAGAUUUAACAAGACUUCAAUUUCAAAUAAAAAAAAAAACUUCUCAAUUGCAAGAAUAUUUUCAACCCCCCCCAAACCUGUUGAAACACACACUAAAAUCACAUUCUGUGCAUGAAUUUUCAAUGAGUCUGCAAAACCUCAAAUCUCUUUUUAAAAACUUAAAUGUGAUAAUAGCUGGAAU